AUGCAUUAUAGAAANAUUAAAUUAAAAACUCAUCUACCAUGGGUUCCACAUGACACAAAAUUAUCUAAACUUGAUACACUUCGUUUAGCAACAAGUUAUAUUCUUCAUUUAACACAAAUACUUGAUAAUGAUGAACUUUCUCUUCAAACUGUAUCAACUCCGGCAACCACAACAACAACGACGACGACAGCAUCUAUUUCAAUUCAAGCGCCGAAUAGUUUUAGUUGGCCAUACUCAUCAUGUCAUCGAGCUUCGUCUUUAUGUUCAAUGAAUGGUCGGUUAUCUACGUCAUCGUCAACGGCAAACCAUUGUUAUUCAAAUCAAGAAUAUGAUUAUCAGAUUCAAUCAGAACUUCUUAAUGAGCAUCAAGAAAAUAUUAUGGAAGAAAAACCUCGUGUUUGUUGA